UCUUAAACAAGUUUUGUUCGCAUAGGUGAUUUUAGCCUAUAAGUGAAGGUUGGACUGAACGAAACAUGUUCCCAUUGCCAAUGUUCACACCGGAGCAGGUGGCUCGCGUGUGCGAGAACCUGGAAGAGACGGGGGACAUUGAGCGGCUGGGUCGUUUUCUCUGGUCUCUACCGGCUGCUGUACCUGGCUCGUCAGGUGAAGCCCUGAACCGACACGAAUCGGUAAUGCGCGCCAGGGCCCUGGUGGCGUUCCACACGGGAAACUUCGAGGCGCUCUACCAGAUCCUGCAGAGCCACCGCUUCACACGUGAGUCGCACGCCAAGCUCCAGGACCUGUGGCUAGACGCGCACUACCGCGAGGCGGAACGGCUGCGAGGGAGGCCGCUAGGGCCCGUGGAGAAGUAUCGCAUUCGCAAGAAGUUUCCCCUGCCGCGCACUAUCUGGGACGGCGAGCAAAAGACGCACUGUUUCAAGGAGAGGACCAGGAGUCUGCUCCGGGAGUGGUACCUGCAGGACCCGUACCCCAACCCGUCCCGCAAGCGCCACCUGGCCCAGGCCACGGGCCUCACGCCCACCCAGGUGGGAAACUGGUUCAAGAACCGCCGGCAGAGGGACCGCGCUGCCUCCGCCAAGAACAGACUGCAGCAGGACCCGAGCCUCCACGCCUCGGGCAGUUCUCCGGAAUGUUCCUCGCAGGACCACCACCUCUCCUCCCCGCGGCGCGGCCCCGGCAGCCCGCUGGCCAGUGACUGCAGCUCGGGCACCGGCCCCCGUGGCACCCGCGCCUCCACGCCCGACAUCUCCGUCAGCAGCGACAGCGAGUUUGAGUCCUGA